AUGACCUCGUACGCCUGGAAGAACAAGAGCUCGGGCUAUUAUGACCUCAGCCCGACUAGCUACGGUGUGACCCAGAACAUUCCUCCGGCAGUCACGACGAACUUGGUCUACGAGAUCACGGACUGGCAAUACGGCCUCGGCGUUGCGAGGCAGUGGGAGCAGCGUCUGGGGCAGCGGGUGAAGGCGGAAUGGAUGACUGUGGCGGCGAGACUCGCGCCGCCAGCGCUGGUCGGCCGCCGGUAUGCCGUGGACGCCAGGCUCGCCGCCCACGGCGGCGACGGCGGCGCCUCUCCGCCGUUCAUGCCUGGAAGUACGGGCUUCCUCUACGCUAGGAAUGCGCCUAGCUUCUCGAAGGACGGGACCUGGACUGUGAAACACGAAGGGUUGUUGAAGACGUUCUAA